AUGGCCGAUCGACCACGAGUCAUCCUUGAGAAGUCCCGCACCGUCCGCCGUCGGUACCAACGUAGCAACAAACGGUUUCAGUUCACGGCAUCUCAGAUAGCCCGGAUCGAGCGAGAAGAAGAGCGUGAAAUCCAAGCACAGAAGCUCCGGGAAAAGGAGAAGCGACGCAUACAGUUAAAGAAGAAGAAGGCAGAGAAGGAAGCAAAAGCCCGCGAGGAACGAAUUCGCCGUGGUAUUCCGGACCCUAAUGCUCCUGCUGUACCUGCGAGUCAGCCAUUGUUGUUCAACUUCAUCAAGAGAACGCCAUCUGUUCAGCCGGAAAGCGAAAGCCCUGAGGAGCAGACUAGGGCCGAUCCUGAGAGUCAUAUUGAGACCGACACGGCCACCGAAUCUGAGAAUGACGAUUUGAGCUUCGAGGAUGAAGAGUUUGACAAUAUUCUGAUUGCUCUAGAUGGGGCAGACCAUCCGACACCGGUUGAGAAGGCAGAUGGCUCCGGCGCGAAAAAUAAUGGGAACGAUGAGGACGAGUUCUCCGACUGCUCCGCUUUCUAUGAUGAAGAUCUCUUCAAAGCGACCGAAAUUGUUGAUCAGGUGUCAGUUGCGACGGUCUUGAGCACAGAUUCCUUCGAAGACGAUACUGCCAUCCUUUUGGAGAAGUUCGUGCCCGAUUUCGAUCCAGGAUCCAGCUUCGACCAGGAGCUGAUCCUAACAGAUAUUCAACCCAGCCCGAAUAAGAUGCCAUUCGUCUCAAUCAAUAACCAUCAACUACAUUACGCCGACUCCCAUCCAAACGGAGCUCCCGCCAACGGCCUUACCUUCUUUUUUAUCCAUGGCCUAGGCUCAUCGCAAAACUAUUACUUUCCGCUCCUCCCGCACUUGACCCCUCAGCAUCGCUGCAUCACUGCCGAUACCUAUGGCUCCGGUCGCUCUACAUACACAGGCCAGUCUGUCUCUAUCGCAUCCAUAGCCGAUGAUGUGAUCGGGGUACUAGAUGCGCUGAACAUUCCACAAGCUGUUGUGGUCGGUCACUCUAUGGGUGGGCUAGUUGUCACGCUUCUGGGAUCUGAACAUGCAGAUCGCGUGAAGGGUAUUGUAGCGAUUGGGCCAACUCACCCUUCCGAGACUCUAACAUCGGUGAUGCGAAAGCGCAGUGCAACCGCGGCCGAGGGUGGCAUGGAGUCUCUAGCGAACAGCAUUCCCUACCAAGCUACUGGCUCGGCAGCUUCCCCGCUCGCUAGCUCCUUCAUCCGGGAACUCGUCCUUGGACAGAAUCCGAAGGGUUAUGCGGCUCUAUGUCAGGCCAUCGCCAACGCUCCUACUAUUGACUACUCGGCUAUCAAUAUACCGUUUCUAUUAAUUGCGGGGGACGAAGAUAAGUCGGCUAGUCUGGAGGGGUGUCAGUAUAUUUUUGAUCGCGUGUCAAGUGCGAACAAGAAGAUGGAAGUGUUGCCGCAGGUCGGACACUGGCAUUGUAUCGAGGCGCCGGACACUGUUGGAAGGGCGAUUGCAGCCUUCGUUAAGACGAGCUUCUAAAGUAAUCUAAUGGCGCAUACCUUAAGCUUAAUUCUUUCUGCAAGUGUACUCUUGGGCUUUGCUGUGCAGCAUAGUAGGACCGGCGGAUAAUAGCAUGCGUUGAUUGGCCGAAGCUCCUAUCCGAUCCGCAGUCAUCGGAUCGCUCCGAUCUCUCCCCCUCAACAUCGGAAGGGAACAU